UCGGGGCGUGGCUAUAGGUUUGGUGUUUAGCGUGGGCUGAUCGGUGAUUGUGGUACCCCGCAGGAGACGCCAUGUCUGUCCCGGCUGAGAGAGCGUAUUACCGGUUUCUGGUGCUUUUCUUUAACUGCCUGCUGACGUUCGGCUCUUACUUCUGCUUCGAUAUUCCCAGCGUUCUGCAGGAGCAGUUCCAGGGGAACCUGACCUGCAGCAAUGGAAGCCACCCCGAUGAGACGCACGUUAACGGCAGCACGGACUGUGUGGAGGGUCUCGGCAUGAGCCCGGAGCAGUACAACUUGCUGUACGCCAUCUACGCCUGGACGAACGCCCUGGUGGUGAUAAUGGCCGGCUUCCUGAUCGAUAAACUCGGGAACCGAUUUGGUCUGUUCCUCUUUUCAUUCUUGACCCUCCUGGGCUCGUCCAUUUUUGCGCUGGGAUCCCACUUCAAAGGGACGCCGUAUCUCCUGCCUCUUAUGCUGACCGGACGUCUGUUAUUCGGCUCUGGAAACGGCUCCCUGACAAUCGUACAGAACCGGAUCACAGCCUUCUGGUUUAAGGGCAAGGAGUUGGCGCUGGCGUUCGGUCUGACCCUCUCUUUCUCUCGGCUCGGCAGCGUCUUGAACUUCUUCCUGACUCAGCGGUUUGAGAGUAAUUAUGGAAUCCAGUGGACGCUGUGGGGAGGCACCUUGCUUUGCGUACUGGGCUUUCUCUCCGCCAUUACGGUCAGCGGGCUGGAUAAGAUGGGAAUGAAACAGUUGGGUUUGGAUGGAGCCAUCCAGGAAGAGUCUAAGAAAGUGCGAGUACAAGAUAUACGGCGCUUGCCCCUGCGCUACUGGCUGCUGGUACUCACCAUCAUGUUCUUCUACAAUGGGGUCUUCCCCUUUGUGGCAGAUGCCAGUAAAUUCAUCCAGGAUAAAUACGACGGUUAUGACCAGCAGACGGCCGCGUACAUUGCCGGGGCGGUCUAUGACAGCUCGUUGGUUCUAUCUGCAGCCGUCGGAAUAUUAAUUGACUAUGUAGGACUGAGAGGGGUGCUGGCCGUCCUCUGCGCUGUCCUGACGCUUCCUGUAUUUGCCCUCCUGGCUUUUACCUUCGUCCCUCCGCUGGUGUCCACGCUGUGGCUCGGAGUCACAUACUCCUUCGCUGCGGCAAGCAUGUGGCCCUCUAUUCCCCUCGUGGUCCCCCAAGCCACGUUGGGGACGGCUAUGGGACUCGCAACCUCUGUGCAAAUGAUCGGGAUUGGAAUUUCAAACCUGAUUGUCGGCAGGAUCCUCGGUACUAAAUCCAGCGAGGCUAAGAUCCCCUUGUGGCGCUGGCAGCAGAUGAUGAUCUUCAUGCUGGCAAACACCGUCGCCUGUAUCGGAACCUCCGUGACCCUGAAUAUAGUGGAUAAGAAACAGGGAGGAACACUAAACAGAACGAGCAAACGGAGGCCAGCCCCAGAACCCAGCGAAGAAGCAGACAGGACUCCCAUACUAAACGAGGACGACGGGCAGAUAAAUUAAUGUGUAACGCGCUGCGGCGGAUGUGAAUCUCUUUAACAAUGCGUGAUACGGGUUAUACCUCAAACAGUUCUCCGGCGGCCCUACUAACACUAUCUCCAUUAAGGGGGGGGGGGUCGCCUUUUGCUACGUUGACACAGACCGAUGACUGGUUUUACAUUUUAAAAGGGAAAGGUCUGCAGGUUCUAGUUAUUAAAAAAAAACUUUUUAAACAAAAGCUAUAUAGACAUAAAAGCCACAUCCUUGUUAAAUACAUUUAUGCAGCUGCCACAUUUUAUUCUUUCUUUAUGUUUUGAUACACAGAAGCUUCUUGUGCUGCAUCGACACUAACGUACAACGGGAGCUUGGAAUAAAUCGCACCAGAAAGCAAAAAAUAACUUACACCGGUCCUCGGAACAAAAGUAUUUUACCAUCGAUGGUCCCAGUAAUUGGGACCGUUAAGGUUAAAAUGAUUGUUUUGCGUUGUAGGAAGGGCGUUACGGGCGAGGUUCUUGCGCUUUGAGGCAUUAUCGAGGAGUAUGUGUGUCAGUUUAGAAAUUAAAUGAAAAAAUGGCAGCGCCAAAAAGGGAAAACUCGCAGCUACAAGUACUUUAAAUGUAUUGUCUUCCAAAACCCUCUGAGGUGUGGCAGAUGACCCCUCCUUUAAUAUUUUUGUAUACAAUUUCUGAAGGGUUUCAAUCCUUCGAAGGCCGAACUUACCUGAUCUGUGUUUUUAUACAACUGCUUUAGAAUAAACGAAUCAAAAGGG